GCGGGGUCGACGGGCGGCGGGGUCAGGUGCGCGACGGCUUGGCGGCCCGGGAGGGCUAGCUAGGCCGAGGUUGGCGGCGUCCGGCCUCCGGGGCGCGCCGCCGACCUGCUCUCUACCGCGCGGUGGCCCCUGGACGCCCCGGGCACCUGCCGUGCGCCGGCCGCGGGCGCCUUCGGGGCGGGCGGAGGGCACGGGAGCCCCGGCGGGCCUGGGCCCGGCCUGGCAGCAGGACAGGACCUGGUCCGCUCCGAAGCAGGGAGCCUUGGAGAGGCCAGGAGUGGGAGGAAUCCCGGGAGCGGUGUGGAGCGCUGGGCAGGAUGUACACGCUGCUGUCAGGCCUGUACAAGUACAUGUUUCAGAAGGACGAGUACUGCAUCCUGAUCCUGGGCCUGGACAAUGCCGGAAAGACGACCUUCUUGGAGCAGUCAAAAACCCGGUUUAACAAGAACUACAAGGGGAUGAGUCUAUCCAAAAUCACUACCACCGUGGGUCUGAACAUCGGCACUGUGGACGUGGGAAAGGCCCGCCUGGUCUUCUGGGACUUGGGGGGGCAGGAAGAGCUGCAGUCUCUGUGGGACAAGGUGAGACAGCUGCUUGCGGCCUGUGCUCGUGACAUUUCCUUCUGGGCCUUCCUCUGCCCAGGCUUCACACUCACCCUCUUCCCUUCCCCUCUGCAGCUCUGUCACCCAUGUUCCUGAGCUUCCCCAAAUCCUGUCCCAGUACCCUGGUUGCUCCCCCAAGUGAGGACACAGCUGGUUCUUUUUUGGCUUAGAAAUCCUGUGCUGGUCACCGCAGGACAAGACACGUGAUGGCUGGGAGGCAGACGUGGGGAAGGCACAGUGCCUGUGUCUCCCCUGCUGGGACCUUUUUCCCCAGUUCUACCCUAGGACCUGUUCUCCACAGUGGCUUCCUCCUUGUCAGGAAGCCCACAGCAACUGCCUUCUCUUUUGACAGGUUUGGGCAUUUCUGAGAUGCCCCUUGUCAUGGCUUUCCCCCACACCCCAAGAUGAGUCAGUCUCUAGCUCAGGCUGUGCCAGGCCUCGCGGUCCAGCAGAAAGCAGGACAGACCAGCCCCUUCCCUAGGUACCCGUCCUGGCGGAGCAGCACGGCCCCUUUGUGCAGUCCCACACUGGGGCACAGGCCUGCCUGCCUGGUCUCUUGCUGCUCACCUGUGUAUUUAGGUCCUGAUUUCUGGCUCUACCCCAACAGCGGCACCCAGUCACCUUUUCCUCGCCUCCCACCUCCCCAAAUCUUGUCCUACCCUGACUUCGAUCUGAGGGCGGUUUCUACCCAGUGGCCAGCAGGCCACUGAUGGGCCUACCCCAGACCCAUGUAGGGAGUAAGACAGAGCAUGAUGUCCUGUCACAGGCCAGGGUUUCAGGAGCAGACGGGUCGGGGUAACUAGCCCCUGGGGAAGGAGCCAGGAGGAGGUGGGCCUGGGC